AUGGGGAACAAUGAGGAGUAUGUUCCCCUUACCACCGACGAGAACACUGAAAAGCCUCUGGACGACGCUUCAAUAAGCGCCUAUACUGUAGCGUCCAAUAGGAACCGAAAGUACACAAGCUAUCUGCUAGCAAUUACUCUUCUCCUCUUCGUAUCGAAUUGUAUAUUUACUGGGCUAUGGAUAUCGACACAAAGGAACAGAGAAACAGUCCAUCCCCCUACAGAGUACUCUACUCCACCGUCAAUCAAAACAACAUACAAGCCCUUCUUGUGGACCACACAGUACAGCGGUUACAAUGAAACUGCUCAAGACGAGUAUUGGGACUCGAUUGUUUGGACUCAUGGAAUGAUAUCGAGGGAUAGAAAAUGGGCCGAGUCGCAGAACUGGCCUAAUGACGGUAUGGAUUUACCUAGCGAUAAUAGCAAAGGCGUGUGGCUGUUGGAGGCCUAUCAUGAACUCCACUGUGUGCAACUCCUGAGGGAAUUUACAAAGAAUGGCCUUGGUACUCAAUCGCCAUCAUUGCCGCAACAUGUGUCUCACUGCUUCGACACUUUACUGCAGGGCAUACUGUGCCACGCAGACCCAACCCCCUUGCGUGUCACAGGAAGAUCAGUUGUGGGAAAUGGUCAGCUUCGCAAAUGUAAGGAUUGGAGCGAGCUGAGCAAGUAUGCCACCGAAUACUCGUCAUGCUACGCAUCCAAAGGGGAUGAUGUGACUGAGAACUUUGGAAGUUGCGAUGGAGGAGACGGUCUUGUGCCCAUGUGGCUUCGGUGGAAGCAAUCCAUCUCGAAACAUAUUCAUGUCGAGCUCUUUCGAAUUCUCCUACGGAUUACAAAUGACUUCUUAAUCAUGCAGUUCUCCUAUCUGACGUCAAAUUACUCGAGGCAUGAGCGUUCAGAUAUCGUCUCCAAAGAUGAAUUGCAACCUCUAGGCUCUGAUGAUUCCGGCAGUUCCCACAUAUCAUAUCUUCAUUCGAAGGAGACGCGGCAGCAUGUUUCCCACAGGCUUUUGGUCUUUGUUCUAGUUGGAGCGAAUAUUCUACUACUGCUGAGUAGUACGGCGUUGAUAUUGGCCAGGAUCGCCUUUAAAGAAACUCAUUACACGGAAAAGAAUAAUAGUCCUUUUUCUCCCGUGUACGAUCGUCUUCAUGUGUAUCGUUCCGAAUCACGACACAAUUUUUCCAACUACUGGACAGACAACAAUCCAUCCAUAUUUCAGCAAUACCCCUCGCCCGAAGUGGAUGACGCAUGGGACAGAAUCAGUAGACAGGAUUCCAUUGCAUUGACUGCCGAGGAGAUCCGCCGUAUCGGUCAUGAUCCUGCUACGGUGUGGCCGGCGCCCAAGAACGAAUUCGGAGAAGAUGUGUACUACGGGGUUAUCGAUGUCUUCCACCAGAUUCACUGUCUCAACGCUCUCCGACAAACCGCAUUCCCUAAAUAUUAUGGGGAUAUACGAGAAAAAAGGAAGCAUAAUCCGCUGAAGUGGGAUGAUCAUCUCCUGCACUGCACAUAUACUGUGCUACGAAGUCUCAUGUGCCACGCUGACUUGGAAAUCCAAGUGGGCCAGAAGUUCACUGGAUGGCCUGGAUUGGGCAUGAAUUUUGCUAGUAACAAGCAAUGCCGGAACUACGAAGACAUUCUAAAUUGGAAGGAGGCCAAUGUUAUCGUACCGAAGCUAUCCAAUUGGACUGAGUACCCUGACCAACCUAUCAUUGAGACGGACCCAGAGGGAGUUAUGACUCCGUAUGGCAAUCACCUCGGAUUGGAAGACUGGGCUAUAAGCCAAGUCAUGGGAGCCGAGUAUACGGACGAGCACCGUGAUUCGGAGUCAUCAUACAACCAAGAAUAUGAUGGUCUGGUGUCCGGUGUCCCUCGUCCGGCUGACAAGAAGAAGCUUGCAAAGAUCGUCAAGUUGAUUCCAGUCUUUCUGAUCCUAUCGCUUGCUCUAAACGUUGCACAAUUUGUAUAUUUCGUUGUGCACAAGCCAGUCUUUCGUUCUGCCUAUGCAAAGUUACCUGAAGGUGAAAUGGAAAUCCCGUUCCAUUACGCCACGGAGUACAGUGACGAUAAUCAUACCCUUGAGGAAAAGGACGCUAUGUGGAACGCAAUCGAUAUCAGUGAUGGGUUUAUAGCCAUCACACAUGAUGAGGCAGACAGCCUGGGACUUCCACGUUCUCAGGUAUUUCCUUGGGAUGUUAACAAAGGCAUGUAUGUUACCCACGGGUAUCAUGCUCUGCACUGUACCGGUCUUCUCCAUGCGUACACCUAUGACUCUCAUAUUGGAAAAAAGCCCCUGGUAUCCUAUCACCAUAUCGAGCACUGCCUUGACUUGCUUCGCCAGGACAUCAUCUGCGCGGCGGAUGACUUCUUGGACUACACAAAAGAUCACGGCGACCAGUUCUUUGUUGCGGAUGGACAGCCACGUAAAUGCCGUGACUGGAGCAAACUUGAGGCAUGGGCAAAGGAACGAACUGCGUGCUACAAAACCGUCAACAUCACUCGCUCCGGCGAGGACCAUGGCGUUGAGCAUCAGCUCGAUCGAUACACCUACUGCCCGCCUGGAAGCCCUUACGAGCCAUUAAUCAAAGCGUAUAAAGAUCUUGGGCGCGUAAACUCAGGGAAUUUGGAUCACUCAGCUUCUGGGGAGUUGACUCCAGAGCAGCAGAAAGCUGAGGAGGAGAUUGUUAAGGAGCAUAACAAUGCUAUUUUCAAUAACAGCUCUUAG